UCCAGGGAAACAUCAAGUGUCUGAAAGAUUCAGAGUACUGCGGGAGCUGUCUGAGGUGCUGACGCUUCCCAAGCGUUUGUCUCCAGCAGCCCCACAAGGGGUUAGAUGGCACGAUUUCACUUCUGCCUUUCUGGUCCCCCAUGCCUUGGCUAAGACCUUUUUCAGGAUCGUGAAUACCGUUCCGUAUCAUGGCCCACGUGAGGCAUUUUCGGACACUAGUUUCUGGAUUUUACUUCUGGGAAGCUGCACUGCUACUGAGUUUGGUUGCCACCAAGGAAACAAACAGUGCAAGACCACGAAGUGCCCCCAUGUCACCUUCUGAUUUUCUGGACAAACUAAUGGGGAGGACAUCAGGGUACGAUGCAAGAAUCAGGCCCAACUUCAAAGGCCCUCCAGUUAACGUCACAUGCAACAUAUUCAUAAACAGCUUUGGCUCCAUCGCAGAGACAACUAUGGACUACAGAGUAAAUAUCUUUCUUCGUCAGAAGUGGAAUGAUCCUCGUCUUGCAUACAGUGAGUACCCUGAUGACUCGUUGGACCUGGACCCAUCCAUGUUGGACUCCAUUUGGAAACCUGAUUUAUUCUUUGCUAAUGAGAAGGGGGCUAACUUCCAUGAGGUCACCACAGACAACAAGCUUCUAAGAAUUUUCAAAAAUGGAAAUGUCCUUUACUCCAUAAGGUUAACAUUAACACUGUCCUGUCCAAUGGAUCUCAAGAAUUUCCCAAUGGAUGUACAGACAUGUAUAAUGCAACUAGAAAGCUUUGGGUACACAAUGAAUGAUCUCAUUUUUGAGUGGCAAGAUGAGGCACCAGUACAAGUGGCUGAAGGACUAACUUUGCCUCAGUUUCUGUUGAAAGAAGAGAAAGAUUUGCGGUACUGCACUAAGCACUACAAUACAGGAAAGUUUACAUGCAUAGAAGUUCGAUUCCAUCUUGAGCGGCAAAUGGGCUACUACUUGAUCCAGAUGUACAUCCCCAGUCUUCUGAUUGUCAUUCUGUCUUGGGUCUCAUUCUGGAUUAACAUGGAUGCAGCCCCAGCCAGGGUGGCUUUGGGCAUCACCACUGUGCUCACUAUGACUACACAGAGUUCUGGAUCUCGGGCUUCCUUACCAAAGGUGUCAUAUGUCAAAGCUAUUGAUAUUUGGAUGGCAGUAUGCCUCCUCUUUGUGUUUUCUGCACUUCUGGAGUAUGCAGCAGUGAAUUUUGUAUCAAGACAACACAAAGAACUUCUGAGACUUCGACGAAAGAGAAAGAACAAAACAGAAGCUUUUGCACUGGAGAAGUUUUACCGUUUCUCAGACACGGAUGAUGAGGUGAGGGAGAGUCGGUUCAGCUUCACAGCCUACGGGAUGGGGCCGUGCCUGCAAGCAAAGGAUGGCGUGGUUCCAAAAGGGCCCAACCACGCUGUCCAGGUAACGCCAAAGAGCCCCGAGGAUAUGAGGAAGGUCUUCAUCGACAGGGCCAAGAAGAUUGACACCAUCUCCCGAGCCUGCUUUCCGCUGGCGUUUCUGAUUUUUAACAUUUUCUAUUGGGUUAUCUAUAAAAUUCUUAGGCAUGAAGACAUUCAUCAGCAGCAAGAUUAAGACUCUGAAGUCAUACAACAACGCUGCAUUCAGAAAGAGCUUUCCUGCCAUAGGCGUGGGUAGGUGUGUGUGUGGUGUACAAGUGAUAGCCAAUGCAUCCAAACAGCAUAUGGGGGAAGAGUUUAUUUUGAUUUUCUAUGUAAAAUAAUGAGACAGAUUGAUUCUUAUAAAGGAUACAAAAUACAUUGUGUGUGUUGGGGUGGGGGGAGCUCCUAUUUCACAUUACUGCCAAAUGAUCUGUUUUCUUCGUUGUGUCAAUGUGUGUUGUAUAUGUUUUACUAGCACAUACAGUAGACAUGAUAACUACUUUGGGAUUUCUUGAUAUUUUUACUUCACUAUAGUAAACAUAGUGGAAUCAAGAUUUACACAGUAAAAAUUUAUGAAGCAAGUUUAACAAAAUGAAGAGAAUAAUAAAAAGUAAUGGCUUAAGAUGCACAGUAUAUUAAAAAAAAUGAAAGUAACAAGGUCUUUAAAUGACAAGUUCACUACUGUUAGAACGCCAUCCAUAGGAACAUGGUAGAACCAAUAUACACAAUAAAAAAUAACAAUAAAUUGGGUCACCAAAAUGAAAGUCAUCAUUUAGAAUACUAAAUAUCUCUCUGCCAAAAUUUAAAAUAAACAAUUUACGCAAUCACAUUACAUAAAAAUUCUACUUACCUUUCAUCUCUGGGAGUGAAGAUGAAGACACUGAAGGCAGCCUUUGUUUGUAAAUAAGUGUUACAAUUAUUUUUAAUUAGUGCCAAACACUAAAGAUUUUAAGCCAGCACAAUCGUUUUUGUUAAAUUUAAUAGCGGCUUAAUUGUUUGUAUGUUUGGUGUUUUUGUGUAAUUAAACAAACUUCAAUAAGACUUUUCUAUUAAGUUUAGAAUGAGAAUUUAAAUAUUAAUUAUACUAAAGCACUUACAUUUUGAUAAUAAACAAAUUCAAGGAAAAAUACAAGUAGAUUCAUGAAAAUAUUUUUAAAUAAGAAUAGUUUUUCUCAUCAGUUAUGUGAGCCCAAAAUACCUCUAAGUAGCAGGAGGAUGGGUUUUAAUUCUAAGUGACCUAAACAUCAAUUCUAUCAAGUAAGAUUAUUUUGCUUUUUAUGAGCCAACGCAUUCAAAACAGUAGUUUCAAAGUGUAUUUAAAAGUAAUUUUGCUUGAAAAAGAAAUGUGUUCACAACCCGUGCAAUUAUUUCAGCUGCAGUGGAGUUUUCUUAGCUUAGUCAGAUAGCAGCUGCCAAGCUCUGAUUCAUUUACUGUUUUUCUUAACUAUUAUUGUCAUUAAUGUUAUACUUUAAAAUUUUUAGAGUGAUUUUUAGAUAUUUUAAUCAUUGGUUAGUCUAUAAAAUUAUAUAAUGAAAAUUGCAAGAAUUUUUAAAAAUCUCAGAUAUGUUAUAGGAAAACCAAUAGUUUUUGAACCAAAUGGUACUAUUUUCUGACCUUCAACCACUCCCAAAACUCAAAGCAGAAACUGCCAUUUAAAACUAAAAACUUUUCAAUAUCUCUGUAGUGUGGUUAACCCAAGAAGAGAUCAUAAAAUUAACUUUUUAAAAACCAACCCAUGCUAAUGAGUGUUUGCUAAUAAAAAGCAAACUAGCACAUUUAUAAGUAAUUUGCACAAGGUAAGAGAACCAUGUUUGUGAUUUAUGAAGAGUCUAGAAUUAAAAUAAUUUGUUACAAUGUGUUUUCUUUGCUUGAAAACUAUGCAUCUAAAAGUUGAGCAUACAUGUAAUUCUUUGCUGUCUAUGAGCCAAAACCAUAGAAAUAUAUUUAUGUAUUAAACAUUAGAGCGAGAUAUGUUGCCUAUGCUGGGUGUAGCCAGAGGGUUUAAAGUAAUGAACUACAGUCCUUCAAUGUUGGCAAAGUGCUUGCAUACCUUUUGUCUACUUUAUAUAUCUUAAUUCAAAAGUUUUGACAUGACCUAAAUUGAGUAAAUCCUGCCAGGAGCAAGCUGAAAUCUAAUAAUCACAAAACACAUAGGCCCCAAAGAAAACCACAGGUGUGACUGACCAGCUUUCAUAUUUGAAGCCACUGGAUGUCUGUAUUUUUGAGAAAAUUUGUCAAGAAUGACGUUAGCUCUAUAGAAAUAUUGCUAUCUCAAAAGUACAUUUUUCUUUAUCUUUCCUUAUAAAUAAUUCUGCUAUCUAUUAUAUGUACUGUGUCUUCCAACAGAAAGAAAAUACUAUUAACAGCUUUUUCUCCCAAGGCAGUCAUUACAAGACAAACCAACAUGUCUGUAUCAAGAGGGCUUAAAGAAUUGUGUC